GACUGCGGCCAUAGUACAGGAGAUGGCCAGAGACUGCGGCCAUAGUACAGGAGAUGGCCAGAGACUGCGGCCAUAGUACAGGAGAUGGCCAGAGACUGCGGCCAUAGUACAGGAGAUGGCCAGAGACUGCGGACAUAGUACAGGAGAUGGCCAGAGACUGCGGACAUAGUAAAGGAGAUGGCCAGAGACUGCGGACAUAGUACAGGAGAUGACCAGAGACUGUGGACAACAGUACAGGAGAUGACCAGAGACUACGGACGUACUCCAGGAGAUGACCAGAGACUGCGGACGUACUCCAGGAGAUGACCAGAGACUGCGGACUGCGGACGUACUCCAGGAGAUGACCAGAGACUGCGGACGUACAGUCCAGGAGAUGACCAGAGACUGCGGACACAGUGCAGGAGAUGACCAGAGACUGCGGACACAGUGCAGGGGAUGACCAGAGACUGCGGACAACAGUACAGGGGACGACCAAGAGACUGCAGACAGUACAGGGGACGACCAAGAGACUGCAGACAGUACAGGGGACGACCAAGAGACUGCAGACAGUACAGGGGACGACCAAGAGACUGCAGACAGUACAGGGGACGACCAAGAGACUGCAGACAGUACAGGGGACGACCAAGAGACUGCAGACAGUACAGGGGACGACCAAGAGACUGCAGACAGUACAGGGGACGACCAAGAGACUGCAGACAGUACAGGGGACGACCAAGAGACUGCAGACAGUACAGGGGACGACCAAGAGACUGCAGACAGUACAG